AUGAGUGCUACAUUGCAAAACGAAAAUCCAGAAGUGAAGGCUUUGAGCCAACUUCCAUCAAGAGCGCAGGAAGAAGAGAAUCUGUAUUUAAAAGGUAAUGAAGAGUGGUUAUGGGAUGCGAGCGACGAGCUAGAGAGCAUUGAAAAAAUUCGCGACGGGGUUGAUGCACAGGAAAUAUUUGAUUUAUUGGCGAAGAUAAAUGAUCCUGAGCACCCUUUAACUUUAGCUCAACUCUCAGUUGUAAAGUUAGAAGACAUCGAUGUUUUUGAUAACCUAUAUGGUAACUCUUCUGUCAUUGUCUAUAUCACACCUACUAUCCCACACUGUUCUAUGUGCACAUUGAUCGGAUUGUGCAUUCGUGUGCGUUUGGAACGCUGCCUUCCACCUCGAUUCCAUGUGGACGUAAAAGUAAAGAAGGGAACUCACGCAAGUGAAAUACAAGUGAAUAAGCAAUUGAAUGAUAAGGAGCGUGUUGCAGCUGCAUGUGAAAACGAGCAACUGCUGAAUGUUUUGAACAGCAUGAUGUCUACUUGUAUUUGA